AUGGCAACAUCGGAGGCUGCGGGAGUACGAUUAGCAAUACAUAGCCCAACGGAUUUUCCAUUUCCAGAUACUUUUGGUUACAGUGCACCAGUCGGUUUUAUUUCCUCAUUUGGCCUGAAAAAGCACGUCAUUCAGAAAUUAUCCGCACCAUACGGUGAUUGUCAGCGAGAAAAAAAAAUGAAUUCAAGUGUUUACAUCUACGGUGGCUAUGAUUACAAUCCAGAAGGAUGUCACCGAAGUUGCUUUCAAAAUAUAUUGCUUAAUAAAUGCGGUUGUGGUGAUCCACGUUUUCCAGUUCCAAAAGGCAGAACACAUUGUUCUGCUUUUAAUGCUACAGCAAGAGAUUGCUUGGAACAGGUGAUUGUUGAAUUCGGUGAUUUUCAUCACAUUACGGAUAAUCUGAUGGAAUGUCAGUGCAAGCAACCAUGUGAACAUGAAGUGUUUGACGUCACUUUUUCCGCUUCUAAAUGGCCAUCCCGUUCCAACGAUCUUGGAAAUUGUGAUCCAAAUAUGAGUGAUGAAGAAUGCAAGAAAUUUUAUAGAGAAAAUUCAGCAAUGGUUGAAGUUUACUACGAGCAGCUUAAUUAUGAACUGUUGAAAGAAUCUGAAGCAUAUGGUCUUGUUAACUUAUUGGCUGACGUUGGCGGACAUCUUGGCUUAUGGAUGGGUACCACUGCUGUUCUUAACUGCUGUUUCAAUAAGAGUUCAAAACUCGGACCAUCGUUAUUUUACAACGAACUGAUUCUCCACAAAUCCCCUCACAUCAAGAGUACUUCAUCUGCAAAUCUCGAGAGACUUCUCGAUGAAGUACGAGAAAUGGAUGUAACUCAGCUGGAUCAACAAUUAACUGUAGAAGAGUUGUGCCAGCAAUACGGAAGCAGGGCAAGAAGCAUCAAGGAAAAGUUGAUGCGCCUUGAAAGAUAUGUUGGCACUCUCGAAAAAAUCAAAGACAAGUGGGUGGAACACAUUCAACUGGUACCAAAGUCGAAGAAGAAAGAAGAGAAAUAUGAAGAAAUGGCAAACGAUGAUCGAG